CCUUAGUACCAUUCCAUUACCCUUGUACUUACAAGUUCAUUGGAAAUACAACGCGAAUUGUUUGAUACGGCGAGUUAAAGAAACACAUAGAUUCCGUUUCAAAGGCUCUGAGUCCCUGGAAACGGCUGCUUGCAGAUCGCCCAGAGCCUCAACCGACGCGUUAAUCCAGCCUCCCUCAUCUUGGGCGGUCUGGGGCUGAGAACUAGGCUUCGUCGACACACCAACGGAGACGGAUCCAUGAGUGAAGGAGAAGAGACACCUGCAUUGCAGGUCAUAGUCCUGGGGUCCACAGGUGGUCCGCUAGAGGAUAAUACAACCGCAUUCCUCGUGCGUUCCUUGUCUGAGGACUGGAAGAAGGGCUCCGUCUUAGCUGUUGAUGCCGGAACCCAUCUGUCGAGCAUCGCAAGAAUCAUAGAGGAGCAUCUUCCAGGGCGAAAGCAGGUAGACGAAAAGUCCUUCCUUACCUCGGGAGCAUUCUCUGGCCUUGAGCUGCCUCACAUAUCGGCAAAGGCGAAUGCAGGCCAUAUAACCAAGGCCAUCGUCGAUACCUAUCUCAUCACUCAUCCACAUCUAGACCAUAUAUCCGGCUUGGUUGUAAAUACUGCAGCAUUACCGGGUGUCAGGCCAAAGCGUAUUGCAGCACUUCCUUCGACGAUAUCAGCGUUCAAGAAUCACAUAUUCAACAAUGUCAUCUGGCCCAACCUUUCAGACGAAAAUGAUGGCGCUGGACUCGUUACCUACAUGCGUCUUGUGGAAGGAGGAUCAGCAGCCCUUGGUAAUGCGGAAAGUAGAGGCUAUGUUGAGAUAUGCGAGGGACUGAGCAUCAAGACUUGGUCAGUCAGUCAUGGCCACUGUAUGGAAAACCACUGGCAUCGAGGUUCAUCCGUCGGACAUAGCCGCAUUUCCCAUGAUAGCAUUGAUGGAACUGCUAUGCAGCGAUCUUCCUCAAACUCUACACCAGCGCCUCGCCAACAACAAUACUCAUCGCAUCCAGCCGGUCAAGACGGUAUAUGCGUUUAUGACUCUUCGGCCUAUUUCAUCCGAGACAUCAAGACCGGGCGUGAAGUAUUGAUUUUCGGCGAUGUCGAACCUGACAGCAUUUCUCUUUCGCCUCGCAAUCACCAGGUCUGGACCGAUGCCGCUCCAAAGAUAGCAAAUGGCACACUCAAGGCAAUCUUUAUUGAGUGCUCAUACGCUGACUACCGGUCUGACGAUACUCUUUUUGGGCACCUCGCACCCCGAUUCCUGAUAGAAGAACUUAUAGCCUUAGCUAGCCACGUCGACAUUGCUCGCACAGCGAGACUCUCGUCCGGCUCCCUUGGCGCAGCUCAAUCCCCGAGCGAUCUUCGUAAGCGGAAGCGUGUAUCUCAGACCUUGUCGGCAGCAGGCUCAUCCACAGGGUUGGAGGCAGAUAUGCCAAGUCCGGCGAUGAAGCCGGAAUUAUGGACAGCAAGAGAGGUCAUUCGCAAAGCCCACAGAAAGGAUGAGGCGAAUGUGAGCCCUCACACCCAAGCCCUACCACACCCACCGAAUGCUUCACUUAUGCAACUGGAUUCCUUCGAGUUAGAUGCGCGUAGCCCACGACCAUCCGGACGGGAUAUAUCUCAGCCACAGUCACCUUUUAGUCCUAAACAUAAGCCAUCCCAGCCCUCUCAGACCUCUCAGGCCUCUCAGACCCCAUUAACUUCUCUGGGAGGAGACAUGGCCAACAUGGCCCCUGAACUAAGCGGUAACGGCAUGAAGACGCUCUUCGGGAAGCCUAACUUGGAGGGGAUGUUAGAGGGGUUGAAGAUUGUCAUUAUCCACGUCAAGGACAACUUAGACGACAAUGAACCUGCUGAGGAUACGAUAUUGAGAGAGAUGAACGAGUAUGAGCAGCAGGAGAAGCUGGGAUGCCACUUUGAGAUUGCAAGAGCUGGGAUGAGUGUACUGCUCUGAUUGAGCUGAUUGUUAUAUUUGUAAUGGAGUACACGGGGCGUUGGGAGAGAGGUAUUUUGGCAAAGCGAGGUGGCGUGAUGAUGAUGGUUUUUGCUAUAGAGGGGGUUAUUGUAAGACCGAAAGUUGGCAACAUUGUUCGUACCAGAGAGGCUGGAGUGUUGUUUAUUGAUGCACAAAGUAUUACAUAGGAGUUUGCACAGGAGUUACGCCUAGUACUAUACAACAACUGGUGCUGCUUGCGACCAAAGUCAACUUUUUACCAUUGCUCGCACGCUUUAUAAACCCUCGCUUUAUUGUUCCAGAAUCUGGAACUGGCGGGGUUUUAGAUAUAUCACUUCCGUAGCAUACAAUACAACACGAUAUAUACAGCACAGUAAACUUGAUUUAGAG